CCGCACACUUACAUGAGAUCAUUCACCACCAUGCCUCUUCUCCCCACCUCUUCCUUCAAAACAGCAGCCACCGUCGUCAUCACCGGCGUCUUUUCUGUCGCGGCGGCCGUGAUUUUCACCGUUCCUUCAGUCUCACAUUUCGUGGCCUCUAGCUAUCCCAUGAUAUACGAUAACACAGUCUUCCUCCUUAAGCCACCGUAUCUUUACUUAGUCAUCAACUGCAUCAUCGUCUCUAUCGUCGCUACAUCUAAGCUCACUAACAAAUCUUCUUCCAAUAUCGACGUCUCCGACUUCUCCGAAGCAGUGACGGUAGUACCGGUACCUUCUGAUAUCGACGCUGGUUACUUAAACGUGUCUCAUCAGGCCGUAGCUUCUGAUUAUACCAAAGGUGAGGACAAUGAUCCGACGGUGGAAGAUGAUGUCCCUCUAGUCAUCGAUGAUGAUAAGCAGCUAGAGACAGAGAAGCUAAAACCAAAGAGUGAUUGGUCGGAACCGGAGACGGAGAAGCCAAAACAGCCGAGUGAUUCGCCGGAGGUUUCGAGGGUGAAGCUAUCGAGGAAACCGCCGAGAUACAGUAAACAAAAGUCCCUAAAAAUGAGUGCUGAAGGUGGUGUUGGUGACAAAAAGCCGCCGAGGAGGCAGGACACGCUGGAGACGACGUGGAAGAAGAUAACGGAAGGACACUCGACGCCGUUAACGAAGCACUUGACUAAAUCCGACACGUGGCAAGAGAGGUCGCACGUGCAAAGCUCGUCAGAAAAGAGCGCCAAACAGAAGAUGACCAAGUCUGAGAACUUGAAUGACAUAAACGCCCCCACGGAGCUGAAACGGGAGCCGUCACCGGGUCAGGAAGAGCUGAACCGCCGAGUGGAAGCGUUUAUCAAGAAGUUCAACGAAGAGAUGAGACUGCAAAGAUUGGAGUCUUUGGCGAAAAAUAAAGAAAUGGUAAAUGGAGGGACUCGUUUGUAAAUAUUCGUGUUUUUUUUUUUUUUUUGCUUUAGCUGUUGAUGAACACUGGAGAAAGGGACGGCACCGGCACAGUCGCAAAUGUUGACUCUUUUGUAUAACUACUCUAGCUGUAAAUGACUUUUGCGUGUGUGUAUGAUUGUCAUAUUUGUACUUUCUAGGCCGUCUAAAAUCACAGUUAUCGUGUGGUUUAAGAUGAAAGGAUAACAUGUGGACAAAGACUAGACUCGUAGUAAUCGAACACAUUGUUUGUUUG